AUGCAAGGGUUCACUGCCAAAGAUUGGAUCAGGGAUGUGUUCCGUAACAUGGAAGCGAAUGCAGACAAGGAGUCAUAUGCAACUUCUCUCGUGAUGAAGCUUCAGCUCUGCAUUCAGGAGGUGAAUCAGUCUAUCGAAGAGACGAGUCAUCAGGUACUUGCUGCAAUGCCUCGCAUUGUACGAGAGCUUGAAAACUUGCAACAAGAGGGAAUGCUUCUCAAGAGACAGGCUGAUAACUGGACAACUCUGGUGACAGAUGUAGAAGAGGUGUUUGACACAGGAGAUGUGGAUAACAUUGCAUUGAAGCUGGAAGCCAUGUCCCAGAGCCUCUCUGUCCUUGCUCAUGUCCCAGAUUAUCCAUCUAGGGUGCAGCAUCUAGAAGCCUUGCGUAAUCGACUCGAGGCACUCGUUUCACCUCGCCUUGUGGCCACAUUCAAUGAGUCUCCUGGCUCUCGUGAAGCAGCAAAAUAUUUUCUCAUGUUUGCAUCCAUGCACCGCCAGUCCCAGUUUGAAAAGUAUUAUCACAAUUACCAUAAGGGGUGUUUGUUGCAACGCUGGGCCACCACUGUGGAAGGGGAGCCAGGGGAAUCAGUUGAUGAUCGAUUGGCUGAAUUCUGUGAUUAUGUCUUGGUCCAUUGGCAUGAGCAGGUUUCUUGGCUCUCCCAACUUUCUCCCUCCUCCAUACAUGUUGGGAAUGUUCUCAUCCCACUCCUUGGUGAUUCCUUCAUAUCCCUUGAUCCCCGUCUGCCACUCUGCAUCCAGGCAUCUCUUAAGCAGCAAGAAGAACCCUUAAGUCUUCUCCUAAACAUCAAGACAGUGUUUGAUCGGUUCAUGCAGGGCUUACGACUUGCCAUCGAUCGCAUGGACCCAUCAAUACGUCCUUCUCCAGAUGCUCAGGAGAAGCUGGCAGAGUCACUGUAUUCUGUAUUGAAGCCACAUGUCCCUUCACUGCAUCUGUAUGAGAAGAACACAAUGUUAGAAGAGAUGGGAUCCUUGUUUGAAGAAGAUGAUGUUGACCUAGUUCCACGCAUGGAAUCUCUAGGUGAAAAGCUUCGCAAAAUGCCUUCUCGGAUUCGAGUUUCAUUUGAGAGACUCAUGAAUCUCACAGAAGGAGCUGGGGUCCUCCUUUGGAUGGAGGCAGUCAAAGACAUCUAUACUGAUGCCAGGCAAGCACUUGAGAAUUUGUGCAGGGAUACAGAGACCAGACGCCCACGAUGGGAAGCGUGGACAAAUGUGGAGGUUGCUACCAAGCUCCUUCAUCUGGCUGGCCAGCAGAUUCUUCUCACAGAGUCACUGGACAAAGAGCUCACUCUGUCAUUUCUUGAGGGGACUCAUAGACUCAUCUCAGAUUCCUCUCCUGUUGGGACAAAUUUUAUACAAUAUCUUCUUCAGGAUAGUGGUAAGGCUCAAAACUUAGUUGAAAACUUGCAUCGAGGUGAAGUCUCAUCCCUUCUGGGAGAGAUUGAUGCUUCUGUUAAAGACAUAGCCAAAGAAAUGAGGCGUGUGGCUUUAGACACAUUUUUGUAUCCAUGUCGAAAGCAUCUGGAAACGAUUCCUGUGCUGUUUGAUUCAUCAACUGAAAAGGAUACAGAGUCAAGCCCAUUGACAUUUGGACCUCAAGAAUAUAUCACUCGGGUUGGUGGAUAUUUGAUGACACUGCCCCAACACCUAGAAGUAAUGUCACAGAUGGAAGCCAAGGCCAUGUGGGCCAUCCUCAACCUUCCAGGAUGGCCCUUUGAGGGAGAAGCUGAUUCAGCAUCAACAGAUGUGGGAGAUGUUGUCCUGGUUGGGAUCUCACAUGGUGUCUGUCUGACAUAUUUGGAGCUGAUUCAAACAAUUCCACACCUAGGUGCAUCAUCUGCCAGCCGCUUGGCAGCGGAUAUAGACUAUUUGGGAGAUGUGUUGGAUGAUGUUGGAUCAAAACUGCCCAGGGCCCUGGCUUCCCUUGGGGCUCUUCUGAAGCUCAAUCAAGAGGAUUUCUUCACCAAAUCAGCCGAUACCCUGUUUGAAAAUCAUACUAUCAGUGAGAUCCAAGAGGUGAGGAAAAGGAUGAUGGUUGACAUUGAGAAGAAGAGGGAGGACCUUCGAACAAUGGUUGGAGAGAGGUAUCGAGAACUGAUAGAAGCAGCAGACACAAUUGCAUCAAUGAAGCAAUCAGCUGGGAGCAUCCUAUCUCAUCUUGGUCAAAUGGAAAAACUUUGCUCAUCCUUGGAGACAUCUUCCCUUCAAGAGAAUGAUAAUGAAGAUGCUUCCAUCCGAGAGCGAGCUCGAGUACAGCAGGUGACUUACUAUGCAGUGGCCAGCCAGAUCCGUCUUCUCAUGGACAUCCCUGAGGCAUUAUGGGCAUCGGUUGAAUCUCGACACUUCCUUACUGGAACUCAGCUGUAUCUCUUGGCUCGAGAAGUCUAUCAUGGUCUCACAAACCUUGCUCCUUCCUUUUCUAUUUUCAGCAGUUUGAAAGGUCCAGGGAGUCAUGAACAGGGGAUUCCAGCACAGAAAUUAGCCUCAUGGUUUCCCAUCCUGAAUCGGCAAUGGACUGGAAUCAGUCACUUCAAGGGAGCCAUCCUUUCUGCUUGUGAUGAAUCCCUCCAGGACCCUUCCACUCCCAUUCAAGAUGUGGUGAGUGGAGGCAUAGCCGUGCUGCUGCUGAGGAACUGGAAGCCUGAGCAGCUGCUCUCUUCCAUUCUGACCAGUCGUCUCUCUUUUGCCCGCACUCUUCUGUCUCCUGAUGCUGACAACCAUACACCUAGAUACCUAAUUUCCCGACUUCUACUUCUCAUCCGUUCAACACUCUACCUUGUCUACUCCCUUUUCUCUGUGGGAACUGAAGGAGUGAAGGGUCUACAGGCAAGAAGACUGAAAAUGGAGUACAAAGGAAUGGUGGAGGGAAAGGCUCCAGUCACACUCUUGAGCAUCCAUGGAUCUCCUGCUAUGCGUUUCCUCCCGCAAAGGAUUCCUCACUUCAGGCCCCGUGUAAAGCAUGGUAUGGAGCCUCUCCCAAUAGAAGAUAUCAGAAGUCACUGCUCCAAAUGGGCCACCAGCCUUGUCCAGUUUGUACAAGAGCACCUACCUGGAAUUCUGAAGGAAAUAGGAGGAUUUCGGAGUCUGGCCACUAUCAGGGAGAAUCUCUAUGAGGAACUGGGCGAGGAUUUGCAUUUCAAGUCAUGGAUUCCCUUGUGUGAAUGGGUCUUAGGAGGCAAAGAGGGCAAUAUCCAAGAAAUCUGGCCACUGCUUAUCGCUCCUACCUUUUCUAGCCGAGCCAAGUCUCUCCUGGACAAAAAGAUCCAAAGCAACAUUGUUCAGCCCAUUGCAGAGCAUCUUCACUGCUUUCUUGAAGACAUCAGCCAGAAGCCUGAAUACUGCCUGGCUGAGAGAGAUUUUGGUUCCUAUUUAUGGAGUGAGAAUGCAUCUGACAUUCCAGAAACAGAGGGCUGGCUUCAGCCCUCAGCCUUUCAAUCUAUCUCCCUCAAUGCAGGAGGACUGGUGAUGAAGUCGUAUGGGUAUUCUCCAAAAGCAGUGGAAAUGUGUCAUCUGAUAGAAGAGGCAUGGAAGCAACUCCUGGAGGACAUGAGACCAUACAUUGAGACAGAGAAUGAGGACCCUCACCCUUUCCUCCAGCUACAAGACCGGCAGGAAAUUCUCUCAUCCUUGAGUGAUAUGGCUUCAAGGGCCACCCUCAUGUUUUUGUCAGAGCUGGAAGCAGUGAAAGACAAAAGGAAAGAAUCCGAAUGCCUGCUGUUUUGCUCUCGACUGGCUCAAGCCCUUCCACAUCUCUCACCGUCACUUACCCUCAUCCUCAAUCACUUACAAAACUGGGAAGAGAUUCAGAUCGAAGAAGAAAGUGAAACGGGGGAAAAGGUAUCUUCAGAGAUUCGAAUCCCUGGAAUUCCAUCUUUGGCCCUUUCUGCUGUCCUUCAGGAUCUCUGUCUGUCCCUCAAGCGGGCCGGAAGCUUUGUCUUUCCCGAUGACGUCUGUGAGGAGAUGCGAAGAGAGACCCUGUUGGCUGUGCUAUCCCACUACAACCAACUCUUGGAGGAAACGCCAGAGGAUGCCAUCACACAGCCAAUGGCACUCCAGUUGCUCUUUGAUGUCCGAUUUGCCCUCCUCCUGCUCCAAUCUUCUGACAAGGUCACAACUUGUCUUGUGAGACCUUCCUCCAUUGAACAGUGUCUUGCUAUAAACUCUUAUGCCAAUGCACAGGAGGAACAGGAGAGAGGGAGGAAGUUGUGUGAUACUCUGGAGUGCCUAGUGGAUCCAUUCGAUCUGGAUGUCUUCUCGCCUCACAUUCGGACCGCUCUUGACAAAUCCCUCUUCCGCCUUCAUGGAUUGCAUGGAGUCCUGCUUGGAGGAGAGAGGGAGAUGGAUGGAAAAGGUAAGGUGGUGAGGAUGAGUGGAUCAGAGUGCCACAACGUGGCAGUGCUGUCAUCCUGCCACGCCCAUAGCAGUCGUUUUCCGCUCUUGCCUCUGGCUCCUCAGCUUCCAACUAUCAGACCCAGUGGGAUCCCAAGACCUCAAGAAUCCACUUCUCAGCCGGUCACAGUGACGACGAUUUUGCCUGUGCCUUUUGGCAACUCUGAUUCCGAGUUGAACUGUGACUCUCGGUUGCCUCACGAGUUCUAA